AACAAGUCAGACCGCAUAAAGAAGCCGGCGUCAGACGCUCGACUCGUUAUUGUGAGUCGCACCAGUUGAGGUCCAGUCGUCCGUCAUGCGUUGCUGCCUGUUGGUUUUGUCGUUGUUGGCCUGCAGCUGCCGGGCCUUGAACUACACGGGCUCGGCGUUCACCUACCACCCCCUCAAUGGCACGACCGACACGGCGGUCGUUCGCUACAAGGUGGCCUUCCAGGAGUGCAACAACCUCACCUUCGUGAACUGUCAGGGGGAGCUCUGCACAGUCAACUUGGUGUCUGUGAACUUUGUGGACGAGAACAGCGGAGAGUGGUGUCAAUAUGAAGUCAUCGUGCAUGUGAACAACUCCGAAGCACCUUUUCAUCUGGCACUAGAAGGCAUCAACUGGAUCGACAAUAUCGACAAUAUCAUGGAAGUGCACGCCCCGACAUACAUCGAGCUGAGGACGAGGUCCGACACAGGUCGGCCAAAUUCGUCCCCCCGGACCACCAUGCUUCCCAUCUACAGGGUCCCGUCCAACUGCCACAGAGUAAUAAGGCUGCCCAUGUAUGACACAGACGGAGAUCGCGUUUACUGCUAUGAGAAGAAUAACAUCUUUGAGGAAUUUUAUUUCUUUCACAAAGUUUUUUAUCCCAAUGAAGUAAGUGACCCCCACCGGCUCAAAACAACACCCUCCUCAAGCCCAAGCCUAGUGCUGACUGCUCCUUCUUUGCAGCAUGGUUAUUUAGUCUAUCACGGCGUCCAGGGCGUGGUGGACAUGGAGGGCGCGUACGCUGUAGAGCUGAUCAUGAAGGAUUUCCCACACGACAACUUGGCUCUAACUGACCCAAAUGGGGUCCAAACAUUUCACUCAAAAAUGAAUCCCCUCAGCGAGGUCCCCAUUCAAUUUGUUCUGAAGGUGGAUCCACCAGUGGACUCGUGUAGGCCAGGGGAUAUUGUACCCGAGUUUGAGUCUCCUACACCUGAAGAUGAAGCUCACCUUUACGCCUUUGUGAACCAUACGCUGAACAUUGAGAUUUAUGCAAGCGCGGUGAGAUCAAGCGUCGAACAAGUGCUGUUCAGCGGGCCGGCUGGCAUACAGAAGAAGGAUUUCGGCGGCGGCCACUUUGUUUUGUCCUGGACACCGACUGUAGAAGAUUCGGGCCUACGUCACGCCAUCUGCUUUGUUGUUGAAGCGAUUCUAGAUCAAGAUCGCAAAAUUCACUCGGAGAUGCGCUGCGUCAUCGUAGCAGUUGACCACUUGUAUUUUGCCCUGAAUGCCAGGUUGUUGGUCCGAAGCCACUUACCUGUUCUAAAAGUCAUCGAACGCUACGGUUUAAAGGGGUUGAAGGAGGAGCUGAUUAAGCGAGGACUGCCCAACGACAUCCAAGUGCGAUUGGGGUGGAGAAUUAAAGAAAACGAUUUUAUGAAUGAUUUCUAUAUUCAUAAAAAUGAGGACUUCACAACCAGUUGGGCCACACCUGCGUGA